UUACUAGAGGGAAAAAAAACAAGUUGAUAAUAAAAACAAUUUUUACAUUCGUUUACAAAAAAAAAAAAUCUUGUUAUUAUGCAUCAUAAGCUCAAUAUAAAUAGAGUUUCUGCAAUACUGAGAUUCGAUGGGAUUUGGCCUGUAGAAACAACGGUUACAAGUUUUAGAUUUUUAAAUUCACUUUUUCGUUUGUUCAAUCUCACCAUAGUUGUGUUAUUAACAUUGAUUAUGUCAGCCGAUGCAAUUGCUAACAUCAAUGAGAUAUCACUUAUUACAGAUAAUUUAUGUUUCUUGAUCGGGUGUUUCGAAACACUAGCAAAGGGAUUUAAAUGUUGGAUUGAAUAUAAAAAUAUCAUUAAAUUGAUAAAAGAUAUUUAUGAACCGAUAGAUAUAAUUAAGAAGAGAAACAAUGUUGAAGUUAUGAAAUGGAUCACUAAGUUAUCGCAUUUUGAACAACGACAAUUUUUGACACUUUUUGGAAUUGUUUUUGUUUUAGUAUUAGCACGAAUUUUUAGUGCUGAUUUUAAAAAUCGAGAAUUUCCAGUACGUAUUCUUGUUCCAUUUAAUGCAUCGGAGCCACCUUAUUAUCACCUAGUGUAUGCCGGAAUAUCUUAUGCCAUUUUACUUGUUGACUACUCACUAUUCGGUGUUGAUGUGAUGGUCAUUGUAUUAAUGAGAUAUAUAACUGUCCAAUUAGAUCUAUUAAUAGCAAAUUGCAGACAUUGCCACAACAACUCUAUUAGAAGUGUUAUCAACUUGUCAUCAAUUAAAAAUCCAAAAACAUUUGAACUUAUUACAAUACAAAAUGCUCCUUAUGAUGAUAAUGAUAAUAAUGAGAGCAAUGAACUAAAGAACUUUGUAAUGUUUGAAAUGCAAGAAAAUAGUGUUUUUGAUGAAGAUAAUUUUGAUUGGAGAUUAAAGCACUGCGUUAUACACCACCAGAAAGUAAUUGAUAUGUUGAAUGUAAUUAACGACUGCUUCAGUUUCUGUGUAGUUGUUCAAAUUCUGACCAGUACUAUAUUAAUAUGUUUGAAUGGAUUUCAAAUCAUUCUAGGUAAUGAUAGUCUCCAUCUGUUAAUGAGAAGAUUUUUAGCAAUUACAGUAGUUCUAAUACAACUAUUGUUUUGGUGCUGGUAUGGAAACAAAAUGAGUUCAGCAGCAGAGUCAUUGACCAUUAACCUGUGGAUGUGUGGUUGGGAAAAUGAAUACAAGUAUGGAAUACGGAAUACUGUAUCAAUACCAAUGAUACUGUCAUUACAGUCAUUUGAACUUCGUGCUCUUGGUCUUGUUCCUUUAUCACUGCAAACAUUUGUUUCUGCUAUUAAAACGUCAUACUCAGUAUUAAUACUUUUACUUACCGUAGCCAAGGAUCAGUGAUCUAUUCAUUUAUACUUUAUAGACAAACAUUAGCACUAGAAAAUGUCAACAACACGUUAUGCAUAAAAAUAAUCGAAUGUUAUUGUGAAAAUUAAAAUGUAUAGAAAAACAAAGUAUUAAAUUGUAUGGAUAAUUUACUAACUUUCAGACAAUAGUCAGAUGGUUAUAGAAAAAUAUGUAGUCACAGUUUAAGAAAAAAAUUAAAUUGGUUGGAAUUUUUAUUCAAAUUUGAACUGUUUUGAUAGCGUUUUAUAGUGUUUAGUCAUCAGAUAAUAAAUCACUACAAAAACCAUAGAGAAAUGAGUUGGAAAGAAACAGUUUGCAAGGAAGUUUGAGACUGCUGAAAAAACAAAUGCAUAGACACACAUCCAGGCGAAUACAAACAGUUAAUAGAUGGUAACAGUACAUACUAAAAAAAAAGUGCGUUUACAAUACGGCUACAAGUAAGAGAGCGUUCUCUAGUAUUUUCAAAGUCUGAGGUCAGAGUCAUCACCAGCAGUGAAAAGAAAGAACACAUCUCGAUGAAUAGGACAAAAUCAAAAACUAGCAAAAGAAAAAAAAGCAAAGAAGUCUGAAAAGCGAACCUUGUCGCUAAGCGAUUGGGUAAAAGUACCAUUUGUGGCCACUGCUCCAUUUUUGGACAUUUAAUACUUUAUUUUAACUAAUGAAAAAGUAUAAAAUAAAACUUCCAUCGUAACAAUGUCAUAAUAGCUAUUUUCGAUACGUAGGAUUAAAAAGAGGGUUUGCGGCAUGCUUGGAUUGGCGACACAAGUCUUGGGUUAUGCCGCAUUCUCAACGAGAACGAGUACAUACAUCUUUCUCGCACGAGCGAAGCGAGUGCGAGAGAGAUGUAGGUACGAGUUCUCGUUGUGAAUGUAACAUAUCCCUAGACGAGUGUUGACAAUACAUGCAUACCGUAUCCCUCUUUUUAAUCCUUUGUAUCGAACAAUAUUUUUUAUAACGACUGCCUUUAAAGCUUAAUCGAGAGGAAUUCAAUCAUUUAAAGAAUAAAAAAUUACCUUCUAAAUAUAAACAAUUGUACAAGUGUAAAUAAUAACAAUCUAUUCAUGUUUUAUUUUUCAAUUGAAUUCUAUCAAAUAGUUUAUUAAUUUU